AGACCAUUCACUGAUCUCUAACCAAAUCAUACACACACUCUUACACGAUGGCCACCGUCGCUAACUUCUUAGCCAAACCAAUCGCCACCGUAGUCCCACGGCCUUCCUCCGCCGUUGCCUCCACCUCCUCCUUCAUAUUCUUUAACUAUAAAACUAACUCUCUGUUCCGGAGGGAAAACCUCCCGAAACGACUAUUCUCCGCCGUGAAAGUGAAGGCCGGAGCGGCGUCUCCAGGGAAGGUGGGUACACCCCCGGCAAAAGACGAGAAGGUACAAAAGAUUCACAGCGGAGAGGAAUUCGAUGAGGCGUUGAAAAAUGCAAAGAGCAAACUUGUGGUUGCGGAGUUUGCUACAAGUAAGAGUGAUCAGAGUAAUAAGAUAUAUCCGUUUAUGGUGGAACUGAGCAGGACCUGUAACGACGUCGUUUUCUUGCUCGUCAUGGGUGAUGAGUCUGACAAAACCAGAGAGCUUUGUCGUAGAGAGAAGAUUGAGAAAGUUCCUCACUUUAGCUUUUAUAAAAGCAUGGAGAAAAUACACGAGGAAGAAGGUAUUGAACCGGACCAGUUAAUGGGAGACGUUCUGUACUACGGAGACAACCACUCGGCGGUGGUGCAGCUGCACGGUCGAGCUGACGUGGAGAAGCUAAUCGACGAGAAUCGCACGGGAGGCAAGCUGAUCGUGCUCGACGUCGGUCUGAAACAUUGUGGUCCUUGCGUUAAGGUGUAUCCGACAGUGCUGAAACUGUCCCGGUCAAUGUCGGAGACAGUCGUAUUCGCUAGAAUGAAUGGUGACGAGAACGAUAGUUGUAUGGAGUUUCUCAAGGACAUGAAUGUUAUUGAAGUUCCAACUUUCUUGUUCAUUAGAGAUGGAGAUAUUUGUGGCCGGUAUGUUGGUUCCGGUAAAGGAGAACUCAUCGGAGAGAUUCUUCGGUACUCAGGUGUUCGUGUCACUUAUUAAUUUGUAUCAAAACUCAAAUUUUAUUACAUCUCAUUUAAAAAAAGAAUGAGUUUUUGGUCUUUGUUUGUACCAUCCGAAACCGGUUGAUAUGAAAAAAACUCAAAAUAGUGU